AUGAAUAAUAUAACCAAAAACGUUUCUAAGCCCGUCAUAAAUUCAGCUCUUGUGCGUGCUGGGAGAGAGAAAUCUAUCAACGGACCAUGUACUCGACAAUUUUCUCUUGGAUUCCGAGCGUACUUCCCUAAAUGCAGGUCAAGACAACCAAACCUCACUAGAGUAACGCUUCGUAAACUCACAUCUAAUUCAACCCCGUCUAUUACCAAAAAAACAGGGACAUCCAGCGCGGAAAAACAGAGUUCUUCACAGGCAGAUGACAACAAGCCGUCGCUCAAGAAUAUGGGCGAUGGCCUUUCGGAUGAGCUAGUCACCCAAGACGAUAGCAAAGUCGAUUGGACUCGAUCAUUUCAUGGAUUAUCUGUAAAACCAUUUUCUAAGGAAUCCGCCGACAUCUUAAUGGCUCCCUUACCCUAUGACGAUGUAGAGGUGAAACCCGACGGCGUCGUCUAUCUUCCAGAAAUCAAAUAUCGUCGUAUUUUAAAUCGUGCGUUUGGUCCUGGGGCUUGGGGACUUGCACCACGUGGAGAGACCAUAGUAACCGAGAAAAGUAUUACUCGUGAAUACGCACUUGUAGUGCAUGGACGCUUAGUAUCUAUUGCGCGUGGUGAGCAAGAUUACUUUUCCCCUGAAGGUAUACCCACUGCCACCGAAGGCUGUAAAUCAAAUGCAUUAAUGCGCUGUUGUAAAGAUCUUGGGAUCGCCAGUGAGUUAUGGGACCCUAGAUUCAUCAGGAAAUUCCUCAGUGAAAAGGCUAAACAAGUGUGGGCUGAACAUACGGUUACAAAACGUAAGAAGCAAAUCUGGAUGAGAAAAGAUGAUGAGCUCCGAUACCCUUACAAACAAUCAUAA